UAUAUAAUGGCGGCAGACACGAAUUUUAAAUCGCAUACUGGCUUUUCCGACGCUCCCGUCACAGACACUUCUAGUCUAAAGCGAAGCAAGCCUGAUGAUGAACUCUGUGACGACAUAAACAGAUUCACCAAUUUACCAUAUUCCCAGCGAUACUACACCAUCCUUGAGAAGCGCCGUGAGUUACCGGCAUGGAGCGCCCGAAAGAACUUUGUGAAGCUUUUACGGCGCAACCAAGUGAUUAUUCUAGUGGGAGAGACAGGUUCCGGUAAGACUACACAGAUACCGCAGUUUGUAGUCAAUUCAAAACUCAACCAGGGGCUGCAAGUGGCGGUAACACAGCCCCGAAGGGUAGCUGCAAUGUCGGUUGCUGCUAGAGUUGCUGAUGAAAUGGACGUCGAGCUGGGUGAGACUGUGGGAUAUUCCAUUCGAUUUGAAGAUAAGACUUCCAAGAACACGGUCAUUAAGUUUAUGACUGACGGUAUGUUACUAAGGGAGGCUAUUACCGAUCCCAUGCUUCGCAACUAUGGUGUGAUUAUUCUGGAUGAGGCUCAUGAGCGUACGGUUUCUACGGAUGUAUUAUUUGGUCUCAUCAAGGAGGUUGCGGGAUCUCGUGAAGAUUUGAAGAUAGUUGUCAUGAGUGCCACUUUGGACGGUAAGAAAUUCCAGAAGUACUUUGGCGGCGCUGAUAUGUUAUCCAUACCUGGUAGAACCUUCCCUGUAGAAAUAUUUUACACUUCCUGUCCUCAGAAGAACUACGUUGACGCUGUGUUCAACACUGUUAUUAGGAUCCACAAGGACGAGGAUGAGGGUGAUAUACUUGUUUUCCUCACUGGAGAGGAUGAGAUCCUGAAGCUUAAGCAGCGGCUGGACUCCAGGAACACUGCCUUGUCUAGGGUAUUAACCGUGUUACCAUUGUAUGGUAGCAUGGACCCUCGGGAGCAGGAGCAGGUAUUUAAACAGGUAGAGGGCCGCAAGUGCGUGCUGGCCACUAAUAUUGCAGAAACCAGUUUAACUAUCGAUGGCAUAGUGUAUGUAGUCGACACUGGUUUUGCUAAACAAAACGUCUAUAACCCAAGGGCCAGGGUGGAGUCACUUCUCGUGGCUCCAAUAUCGCAGGCCUCAGCUGCUCAGCGAGCUGGGCGUGCUGGUAGGACACGUCCUGGCAAGUGCUUCAGGCUAUAUACUGAGGAGGCUUACAAGAACGAGCUGAUACCUCAGACAUUUCCUGAGAUAUUGAGGUCCAACAUCGCAACUGUCGUUCUUAACCUCAAGAAGCUGGGUAUUGACGACUUGGUCCACUUUGACUUCAUGGACCCUCCAGCUCCCGAGACCAUGAUGCGCGCUUUGGAGGAGCUGAACUACUUGAAGGCCCUGGAUGAUGAGGGUGAACUUACUCCUACGGGUGACUUGAUGGCUGAAUUCCCACUUGAGCCACAACUGGCUAAGAUGGUAGUGGUAUCACCGAAAUACGGCUGCACUCGUGACGUCAUAGCGCUUGUAGCUAUGCUGUCGGUACCCAAUGUAUUCAUGCGUUCCCAGGGUAAGCGCGAUGGACUAAAGACCGCUUAUAGCGAUCGUGCCUAUAGGUUAAGGUCCAAAAGAGGUGACCACCUGACCAUGCUAAAUGUAUUCAAUGCGUAUGUCGCGCUAGUUCCACAGGGCAGAAGGGUUUGUGAGGACUUUUGCUACGAGGUUCGCGCUAGUACAAAGGGUUUGGACUCUGCGGUACGCGUUUUCGAGCAGCUGGCCAAACUGGCUCAGAAGCAUUUGAAAGUGGAUUGUACAUUGGAUCAUAAAUCGGACCCUGUGGAAUCCAAUGUUUUGAGGUGUCUAUGUGCUGGAUUCUUCCAGCAAACAGCGUACUCCAGCAAGGGUACUACGUACUACACAGUGAAGGACAACCAGGCUGUUGCUUUGCACCCUUCUUCCAUAUUGACCUCUUUAGAGUCCCUGGUUGUAUAUCACCAGAUAGUGCACACUUCCCGGACAUUUCUACGUACUGUCAGUAGUGUUGAAUUAUCGUGGCUUUUGGAGACUACCCCGGAAUACUUCGAUCCCAAUACUAUUCCCAACCGUGAGUUGCGCGAACUGAUUAAAAGGGCUCUUAGGGACAGGUAAUCUAAAUUACUA